AUGGCGGAGGGUAAGCAGUUCAACAUGCGGAAUCCGGCGGUGAAGCGGAUUCUGCAGGAGGUGAAGGAGAUGCAGCGCGAGGGCAGCAAGGAGUAUGUCAGCAUGCCGCUCGAGGAGGACAUAUUCGAGUGGCAGUUCGCGAUUCACGGUCCCAAGGACUCGGAGUUCGAGGGCGGCAUCUACCACGGCCGCAUCACACUGCCCGCCGACUACCCCUUCAAGCCGCCCUCCUUCAUGCUCCUCACCCCCAGCGGCCGUUUUGAGGUGCAGACGAAGAUUUGUCUGAGCAUCUCCAACCACCACCCCGAGCACUGGCAGCCCUCCUGGAGUGUGCGCACGGCGCUGGUGGCGCUGAUAGCAUUCAUGCCAACCAAGCCAGAUGGCGCGCUGGGCUCGCUGGAUUACCCCAAGGACGAGCGCCGCAAGCUCGCAAUCAAAUCCCGACUCGCGCCGCCCAAAUUUGGCAGUCCCGGGCGGCAACAAGUGAUUGAUCAGAUUCACGCAGCCAUGCUGCAAACGGCGCCACCUAUCCCUGCUACUCUGCUGCCCGCCUCCUCUCCGAGCCCUAAGGCUCCAGAGGCGCCUCAAGGCCCACCUACUGAAUCUGCUCUUCCUCCUGCUGCCGAACCAGUGAGUGCCACUGCUGCUGCUGACUCGGCUCCUUCUCCAGCUUCCCCCCUCGUGCUUCCCUCUUCCACCGACGUUUCUGCCGACCAGCCUUCUCUAGGCUCCGUAGCCCCUCUGCCAGCAGCACAGCCAGGCGACGCUUCGACCACAUCCUCCGCACCUGUGGCUGCAGGUUCGGCUCCCUCUUCCUCUGGCUCGGCUGGCCUGAAUGAGACAGGGACGGGCCUUGCUGUAUCUUCCAGUACUGAUUCUGCAGGGGCCAGCUCUUCAGCUUCACUCCUGCAGGCACAAGCCGGAUCCGUCCCGGCUGGUGGUAUGGAAUCAGCUGCAUCAGCUGCUGCUGCUGCAGUACAAGCAGUGCCAGCAGGUGCAGUCAUGGAUGGUGCACCAGUAGCAGGUGCAUCUGCUGCUGCUGCUGAACACUCACUGACUGAGCCACUGCUACCACCACCACCACAAUCUAUGUCAGAGCCCAGGCAACCAAGUGCAGCAGCAGCAGUAGGCCCUUCGGCCGUGGAAGCUAGAGCAGGAACAGCAAGAGUAGUGGCAGGGCAAUCACAGAAUCAGGCGCAGGCAACACGGGCAGCAGAGGGUCGGGGACGAGUUGGAGGGGCAGCAGGGGAGGACAGAGUGUUGAACACUCUGGCAGCUGCAAUAGUGGUUGCUAUCGUGGCGCUGCUUCUGAGAAAGUUCUUACGGGUGUAUUCGCCCUUGGAUGAAACAAGCAUGGAAUGGUGA